AUGCAUCCGAACGGGUGUGGUCGGUUUGGAAAGCAAGUAUGUGCAGCGUUUUUUAAAUUCAUCGUUCCGGUUAAACAGACGCCUGAUGAUUCACCUGAAAGUGAUGAGAAACUGGAAAAGGCAAAGGAGGCUAUUCAAAACGAACACAAAGAAGAGAAGCCUACCGGAUUGUUUGCAAGGCUGAAGUAUUAUCUGAAACGUUACUGGUAUAUUGCUAUUCCCAUCCAUCUUGCUAACUCUGCUGUUUGGUUCCUUGUUUUUUAUAUGGCCGUAAAAAGCGGUCUUGACGUAGCCUCACUAAUGGAAAAAUGCCUUGUUCCUAGUUAUGUUGUUGAUAAAGUCAAAUCAGUCCCUCCGAAUGCAGGAGUUGCUGUUGUAGCUUUUCUAAUGUACAAGGCGAGUUAUUUAAAAGCCAUUACGAGCCCACUUCGUUAUGCUUCCACCCUGCUGCUUAUACAAUUUAGUUUCCCCAUCUUUCGUCGACUUGGAAUAAUGACAGCAAAGGAAGUGAAAUAUAAAAUGCGACUUAAAUAUACGACUAAGGUGAAGAAAAUGAGGCGCCGUUACCAGCUUAAUCGUAAUGGCUCUUUCGGAAGCAAAAAGCGUCCAAAUAAUGGCGGAUUCAGGAAAUCUUAA